AUGUUACUUGAUAUAAAUACCGGCAUACUUGAGCAAGUAGAUGGGUCUGCCAGCUUCAGUUUUGGACCUACUAAAGUGAUAACUUCCGUUGCUGGACCUUUGGAACUCACAAAAUCGAAGAAUGAAAGACCAAACUCCGCUUUUAUUGAUCUAAAUAUCCGUCCUGCAACAGGGGUACCAAGUACAAGGGAGGCAUUACUUGAGAGCAAGGUGUUGAAAGUAUUGGCGAGUGUGAUUGAUGUUUCACGGUAUUCGCUAAAACAGAUACAAAUAAACAAUCAGAUAGUUGAGCCAGGCGAGGAUUCUCGAUAUACGGUGAACGAAUUGGCAGCCGUCAUAAAUUCUACUUUUAUAGCAUUGCUCGAUUCUGGAAUAUCGUUGAAGGCUUCAUUUCUGGCAUCUGUUUGUGCAAUUGACGAAUCACAUAAGUUGAUAGUGAAUCCCAACGAGACACAGUUACGACAUUCUGUUUCACAACAUAUAGUUGUUUUUUCAUUAUCCGAUGGCAAAUGCAAGAAUCUCUUGUACAGUGAUUCAAAGGGGAAAUUUACAGAGAGUGAGUACUUUCAGGCAUUGGAUAACUGCUCAUCUGAGAUUGAAGUGCAGAUUCCAGCAGUUAGAGAAUUUUUAGUGGAAAAGGUGAAGCGUGACUAUGUGUGGAAGUUAUAG